CCAUUUCCCCUGCACAGCAUAACUCGUCCCCACCUCUCUCUAGUUUCUUGUCCUUGUUCUUCUUGUUCAUCUUCCUCCUGCGAAAAAUGGUGAUGCUAGAGAAGGGCCUCUCGACCUCCCUGAACGCGAAGCUCACCGGCUCAGGCGCCGAGAUGGUGGUUCUCGCUCACGGCUUCGGAGGAGACCAGACCGUGUGGAACAAGAUCCUCCCUCCCUUGUCCCGGUAUUUCAGGGUCCUCGUCUUCGACUGGGGUUUCUCGGGAGCUGUCAAGGAACAAGAAGGUCUGUUCGACCCUGCGAAGCACUCCUCCUACGAUGCUUUCGCCGAUGAUCUGAUCGCCCUCCUGGACGAGGUUGGCCUCGAGUCCACAGUCUUCGUCGGCCACUCCAUGUCCGGCAUGAUCGGUUGCAUUGCCUCUGUGAAGAGGCCCGACCUCUUCAAGCGGCUCAUACUCGUUGGUGCUUCCCCUAGGUAUUUAAACACGAACGGCUACGAGGGUGGGUUUGAGGCUGCGCAGAUCGAUCGGAUCCUAUCCAGCGUAGAGUCCGACUACCACGGUUGGGCACCCAACUUUGCUUCUCUGGUGGUGGGUCCGUGUGAUCCCCCCUCAGUCGAGGCAUUCGCGAAGUGCCUAGGAGGGAUGAGGCCCGAAGUCGCGCUUCCCUUAGCUAGAACGGUCUUCCUGUGUGACCACAGGGAGGUCCUCGGGAGAGUGACGACUCCGUGCACCAUAAUCCAAACCACGAAUGACGCCGUCGUGCCGAGCUCGGUUGCCCAAUACAUGCACGACAAGAUCCAGGGGGAAUCGACCGUCGAGAUGAUCGUGGCGGACAGUCAUGUCCCUCAGCUCACCGCGCAUCAGCAGUUCAUCGAUGUGUUGGGUGGAGUCCUAGGGUUCGAGUACGAUUAGAAGGUGAUUAAGAUCUUAGAUGUUUAAUCAUAUGAUUAUGCCCUAGGCUGGACUAGAACAACCGUCUUGUGUUUAGACCUUUUUUUUUUUUUUUUGCUUCGCAUGUGGUUUGUCUCAUUAGAUUAGGCAUUAUGGUUGUAUUUUGAUUUCGGGUUAGGGUUGCAUUAAAAUCGUCUGGGCUUGAGAUGUUUGACUGGAUUUUUCAUUUGAUUCGAGCAGAGAAUUUUCGAAAAAGGGUGGUUGCAAAAAGGUCGCGAAACACUUUCCACCGCAGACGGACGGAGCUGCUGCGGGACCCGAUUCACCUUAAAAGUCUUCGUCGUCUUGUCCGAAUGAAAAGUAUUUAGACAGGACUAAC